AUGAUUCCUAAUGGGUAUUUGAUGUUCGAAGAUGAAAACUUCAUCGAGUCAUCUGUUGCCAAACUAAACGCGUUGCGUAAAAGUGGUCAGUUCUGCGAUGUCCGUCUCCAGGUAUGUGGACAUGAGAUGUUGGCGCACCGAGCCGUGCUAGCUUGCUGCAGUCCCUACCUGUUUGAAAUCUUCAAUAGUGAUAGUGAUUCUCAUGGAAUUUCCCAUGUUAAAUUCGAUGAUCUCAAUCCAGAAGCUGUUGAAGUUCUCUUGAAUUAUGCCUAUACUGCUCAGUUAAAAGCUGAUAAAGAACUGGUGAAAGAUGUAUACUCUGCAGCAAAGAAGUUGAAGAUGGAGAGAGUUAAGCAGGUUUGUGGUGACUACUUGCUCUCCAAGAUGGAUGUUCAGAGCUGCAUCUCUUACCGAAACUUUGCAAGUUGUAUGGGAGACUCACGUUUGUUGAACAAGAUCGAUGGCUACAUUCAGGAACAUCUUUUACAGAUUUCAGAACAGGAAGAAUUUCUCAAACUUCCACGGUUAAAGCUUGAAGUAAUGCUGGAAGACAAUGUUGGCCUACCCAGCAACGGCAAAUUGUACACAAAGGUAAUCAACUGGGUACAGCGCAGCAUCUGGGAGAAUGGAGACAGCCUGGAAGAUCUAAUGGAAGAGGUUCAAACGCUGUACUACUCAGCUGAUCACAAGCUGCUUGAUGGAAAUCUGCUAGAUGGACAGGCUGAGGUGUAUGGCAGUGAUGAUGACCACAUUCAGUUUGUGCAGAAGAAGCCACCACGUGAGAAUGAUCACAAGCAGAUUAGUAGCAGCUCCUCUGGAAGCCUUUCUCCAAAUGCUACUGUUCAGAGUCCUAAACACGAGUGGAAAAUCAUUGCUUCAGAGAGAACUUCAAGUAACACCUACCUGUGUCUUGCUGUUCUGGAUGGCGUGCUGUGCGUGAUAUUCCUGCACGGCCGGAACAGCCCUCAGAGCUCUCCCACAAGCACGCCGCGACUGUUGAAGAGUCUGAGCUUUGAGCUUCAACCAAAUGAUAUCAUAGAGAAGCCCAUGUCUCCAAUGCAGUAUGCUCGGUCUGGCCUGGGCACGGCUGAACUCAACGGCAAGCUAAUUGCUGCAGGUGGAUACAACAGAGAGGAGUGUUUGCGCACAGUGGAAUGCUACGAUCCGCAGAAGGACACUUGGACGUUCAUCGCACCCAUGAGAACACCAAGAGCUCGGUUCCAGAUGGCCGUUCUGAUGGGGCAGCUGUAUGUCGUGGGUGGGUCGAAUGGUCACUCAGAUGACUUGAGCUGCGGAGAAAUGUAUGAGCCCGCAAUCGAUGACUGGACUCCUGUUCCAGAACUGAGAACCAAUCGCUGCAAUGCAGGAGUCUGUGCCCUGAAUGGAAAACUGUACAUUGUUGGUGGUUCAGAUCCUUACGGCCAAAAGGGACUUAAGAACUGUGAUGUGUUUGAUCCCAUAACAAAAUCCUGGACAAGUUGUGCUCCCCUUAAUAUCCGGAGACAUCAGUCUGCAGUGUGUGAGCUGGGGGGAUACUUAUACAUCAUCGGAGGAGCAGAGUCGUGGAACUGCCUGAACAGCGUGGAACGUUACAACCCGGAGAACAACACUUGGACCCUGAUCGCGCCCAUGAACGUGGCUCGACGGGGAGCUGGCGUGGCUGUUCAUGACGGAAAACUCUUUGUGGGUGGAGGCUUUGACGGCUCUCAUGCGGUGAGCUGCAUGGAAAUGUACGACCCCGCUAAGAACGAGUGGAAGAUGAUGGGAAGUAUGACUACUCCGAGGAGCAACGCUGGCAUCACGACGGUGGCAAACACUAUUUACGCAGUCGGGGGAUUUGAUGGCAAUGAAUUCUUGAACACGGUCGAAGUCUACAAUCCAGAGUCAAAUGAAUGGAGCCCUUACACAAAAAUUUACACGUUUUAAGUGAAUUAAAUUCCCUUUUCAAACUAACAGGCUUAGUGAUGUAAUUGUGUUUUAGUAGAGGUACACAUGUGAAUAGGGUUGGGGAGGGCAUAGACGUUGCCAACAGCAACACAGAGCUUUUGCAUAUUGCAUAUUAAUGUGCUGUACAUAUUUGUUUUGGAAAGAAUAUCAAGAUGAAGGGGUUUUUGUGUAUUUUAGGACUUUGUUUUAGGGGUUUUUUUUUUUAAAGAUUUUGAAAAUAAUGCAAGAGAAACUAGACUGGGCAUAUCAUUUCAGGAGCUUCCCCCGGUGUUUGUUUUGUCACUUUGCACAUGAAAUGACUUCUUGGAGGAGGUGGUCUCGGGCCAGGAAGUGUAAGGUUGAGGGGGAAUUGUUUUUUCAUCAGGCCUUGUUUUCCUUCAGUAACUGGAACAAUCGGUAACAAAAAGCCUUAUUUAAA